CAGCUUGGAGUUACUGUUGGGAACAGAUCCAUGUAUGGAAGCGAAAGCCGAAAGGCACAGAUAAGCAGAGAUCCAGCUAUGCAAACCAUGUUUAGAGACACUUAAACGACAAGCAUCCCAGGUUCUUUCUUUCUGGUAAAUUUGGAGAAGCCAUCACCCCGGGUCUUUUUUCACAUCCAGCCCAUGCGGACUGAUCGGCCAGGCUCAACCAGAGUAGGUUGGGACAGUUGGAACUCUGCCAUUGUCCAGCAUGCUGCAGUUCAGUCUGUCACCCACCUUGUCGAUGGGAUUUCAUGUGUUAGCCAUGGUGGCCCUAGUGUUUUCCCACGUGGACCAUAUAAGUGCUGAGACAGAAAUGGAAGGAGAAGGCAAUGAGACUGGCGAGUGUACUGGCUCCUAUUACUGUAAGAAGGGGGUGAUUUUACCCAUUUGGGAGCCCCAGGACCCUUCCUUUGGGGACAAAAUUGCUAGAGCGACUGUGUAUUUUGUGGCCAUGGUCUACAUGUUUCUUGGCGUCUCGAUCAUUGCUGACCGGUUCAUGUCUUCUAUAGAAGUCAUCACGUCUCAAGAGAAAGAAAUCACCAUAAAGAAACCCAAUGGAGAGACCACCAAGACAACUGUGAGGAUCUGGAAUGAGACAGUGUCCAACCUGACCUUGAUGGCCCUGGGAUCUUCAGCUCCAGAGAUCCUCCUUUCAGUAAUUGAGGUGUGUGGCCAUAACUUCACUGCAGGAGACCUUGGUCCUAGCACCAUUGUAGGGAGUGCUGCAUUCAACAUGUUCAUCAUCAUUGCGCUUUGUGUAUAUGUCGUCCCAGAUGGGGAGACAAGGAAGAUCAAGCAUUUGCGUGUGUUCUUUGUGACAGCAGCAUGGAGCAUCUUUGCCUAUACCUGGCUUUACAUCAUUUUGUCUGUCAGCUCUCCCGGGGUCGUGGAGGUCUGGGAAGGUUUGCUUACUUUCUUCUUCUUCCCCAUCUGCGUUGUGUUUGCUUGGGUGGCAGACCGGAGGCUUCUGUUUUACAAGUAUGUCUACAAGAGGUAUCGGGCUGGCAAGCAGAGGGGAAUGAUUAUUGAACACGAAGGAGACAGGCCAUCUUCCAAGACAGAAAUUGAAAUGGAUGGGAAAGUGGUCAAUUCCCAUGUUGACAGUUUCUUAGAUGGGGCCCUGGUUCUGGAGGUUGAUGAGAGGGACCAAGAUGAUGAAGAAGCCAGGCGAGAAAUGGCAAGGAUUCUGAAGGAACUCAAGCAGAAGCAUCCAGAGAAGGAAAUAGAGCAAUUAAUAGAAUUAGCCAAUUACCAAGUCUUAAGUCAGCAGCAAAAAAGUCGAGCAUUUUACCGCAUUCAAGCUACCCGCCUGAUGACUGGAGCAGGCAACAUUUUAAAAAGGCAUGCAGCAGACCAAGCCAGGAAAGCUGUCAGCAUGCACGAGGUCAACACGGAAGUGGCUGAAAAUGACCCUGUCAGUAAGAUCUUCUUUGAACAAGGGACGUAUCAGUGUCUGGAGAACUGUGGCACGGUAGCCCUGACCAUUAUCCGCAGAGGUGGUGAUUUGACCAACACUGUGUUUGUUGACUUCAGAACAGAGGACGGCACAGCCAACGCUGGUUCUGAUUACGAAUUUACCGAGGGAACUGUGGUCUUCAAGCCUGGUGAGACCCAGAAGGAAAUCAGAGUUGGCAUCAUUGAUGAUGACAUCUUCGAGGAGGAUGAGAAUUUCCUUGUGCAUCUCAGCAACGUCAAAGUAUCUUUGGAAGCCUCGGAAGAUGGCAUCCUGGAAGCCAGUCAUGUCUCUACCCUUGCUUGCCUGGGAUCUCCCUCCACUGCCACCGUGACUAUUUUUGAUGAUGACCACGCCGGCAUCUUUACUUUUGAGGAACCUGUGACUCAUGUGAGUGAGAGCAUUGGCAUCAUGGAGGUGAAAGUACUGAGGACAUCUGGAGCACGUGGAAAUGUUAUCGUUCCCUAUAAGACCAUUGAGGGGACCGCCAGAGGCGGAGGAGAAGACUUUGAGGACACAUGUGGAGAGCUCGAGUUCCAGAAUGACGAAAUUGUCAAAACAAUAUCAGUCAAGGUAAUUGAUGAUGAGGAGUAUGAGAAAAACAAGACCUUCUUCCUUGAGAUUGGAGAGCCCCGCCUGGUGGAGAUGAGUGAGAAGAAAGCCCUGUUAUUGAAUGAGCUUGGUGGCUUCACAAUAACAGAUGAAUAUGAUGACAAGCAGCCACUGACCAGCAAAGAGGAGGAAGAGAGGCGCAUUGCGGAAAUGGGGCGCCCCAUUCUGGGAGAGCACACCAGACUGGAGGUGAUCAUUGAAGAAUCCUACGAGUUCAAGAGUACCGUGGACAAACUGAUUAAGAAGACAAACCUAGCCCUGGUGGUUGGGACGAACAGCUGGAGAGAGCAGUUCAUCGAGGCGAUCACUGUCAGUGCUGGGGAAGAUGACGAUGACGACGAAUGUGGGGAGGAGAAGCUGCCCUCCUGUUUUGACUACGUGAUGCACUUUCUGACUGUGUUCUGGAAGGUCCUCUUCGCCUUUGUACCCCCGACAGAGUACUGGAACGGCUGGGCAUGUUUCAUCGUCUCCAUCCUCAUGAUUGGCAUACUGACGGCUUUCAUUGGAGACCUCGCUUCCCACUUUGGCUGCACCAUCGGCCUGAAGGAUUCCGUGACUGCGGUGGUGUUUGUCGCGCUUGGAACCUCAGUGCCAGACACGUUUGCAAGCAAAGUGGCAGCCACCCAGGACCAGUAUGCGGAUGCAUCCAUAGGUAACGUCACAGGCAGCAACGCGGUGAACGUCUUCCUGGGCAUCGGUGUGGCCUGGUCCAUCGCUGCCAUCUACCACGCGGCCAACGGGGAACAGUUCAAAGUGUCCCCUGGCACGCUAGCUUUUUCUGUCACUCUCUUCACCAUUUUUGCUUUCAUCAAUGUGGGGGUGCUGCUGUACCGGCGGAGGCCAGAAAUUGGAGGUGAGCUGGGUGGGCCCCGGACUGCCAAGCUCCUCACAUCCUGCCUCUUUGUUCUCCUGUGGCUCUUGUACAUUUUCUUCUCCUCCCUGGAGGCCUACUGCCACAUAAAAGGCUUCUAAAGGAACAAUCAGAUGUAGUAAAUUUAUAUAUAUAUACAUAUAUAUAUACAUAAAAUUAUGUAUAAUGAACAGAGGAAACUGGCAUUUGUCAUAUCCACCCACCUGCUGAUGGAAUCCAGCUUCAAGAGCAGACUCUGUACUAGGGCCGGAGUGAGAAGGCAUCACCUCCCGUUCCCAGGGGCAUCGUCUUGUUGAACCAGGCAUGGAGGCAGGGUCAUCUUUGCAGCUCAGCCCAGAAGGGCUGUGUUCUCCCCGGGUUCAUAAAUCCUUAAGUCUUUGAUUUGUUUUCUGUUUUUGCUUGUUUGGGAUUGGGGUUGGGAGGUGGUUGAUGUUAGGGUUUGGUUUUGUUUUUGCAGGGGGAGGAUCAGGGUUUGUGCUUCUCUUGUGGGAGGUGAUGUCCAAUCUCAAUGGUAAAAGUGGAAAUCAGGAAGAUGACUCUCCCUUUGCCCAAAAACUUUAAAAAUUAUUUUGGAGUAAGAAAGGAAACGGGCACUGAAGAAGAAAGAAGCAUGUCUGCACUAGAUUACUAAAUUUCAUGCUUAUCUCUGGAGCGGGAGCAGAGGUGAAACCCCCUCCAAGAAGAAACUUGGGAGCUGGAAUGGAGCCAAGAAGAGUUGUGGUUCUAGAUACAGUCUGAUAUUUAAAGAUGCUAGGCUUGGCACCCUUGUUCAACAGGUACAAAAACAACAUGCCUAGAUUCCCAGGAACAUACAAAGUCCUUUCUUAUCUCUUUAGCGCUGGACUACAAUUAGCAAGGCCCUGACUCUGAUGUUCCACACCCACUGAUUCCCCAGCCCUCCCAUCCCAAACCCCUUCUCCUCCCCUUUACCCCUCAUAUAAACAGGAAGAAUAACUCCAUUCAAAACGCACAUCAUCCUUUUCCAUUUGCAUCAGUCUGUGUCCCAUGUUGCUAUUGCCUGGGAUUGUCCAUCAGUUCUGUUUUCCAGGGCAUCAAUGACCUGCACACUCCUGUUCCAGUCAUGACGGAACAUUUGCUCCUCUUUCAUGUGCCUGUUUGGGAAUGUUGUUGUGAUACCUGUUACACAGUGCAUGGAUGAAAAACAAAUACAACAAAACAAAGUGUAUCUGUAUAUAGUAGAGUAUAGCAUAUACUGUUCUCCCAUCUGGCGACAUUGAUUGGACAUUGAAGACAUAAGUGAGUUUUCUUUUCACCUGAGUUGUAACUUUUGUGUUGUUAUUGAGUUUGGUUAGGGAUAAAAGGAGAAAAUGGCUUAUUGUUCAUGGAUCUGCACGUUCAUUUCUAAGAAACAAUAACUGUUAUGUGGGAGUUAAAGCUAUUGAGAGGACAGCGGGCACGCGACAAAGUAUCUUCAAGGAAAAUUAGCCACGUGGUGCACAUCAAAGCCUUGAAAACUCACCUGUUGGUUCAGGAAGGCCAAGGAGAAGGGCUGUGUGGAGAAGGGGAUACGUUAGAUGUGCCUGGGCUCUGAAAGCCUCCGUUCCUGGAACACCCCUGCCCCCAAAGUAUUUAUUUCACAUCUGCUCUGUCUGGCACAGAUGGUAGAUAGUGCUGGUUUGUUCAUUUUAUUUUUUUAUGUAAAAGGCUAUUCAGAGCCCCAUUUUUUUCACCGUCCAGACCCCUCUGAUAGUAUCUGCAGUUCCUAAGGAGAAAAGAAGCCACGGUGAUCAACAGGCCUGUCAAAGUGUGUCUUCUCUACGUAGGGCUAAGGAGGACGUGAUUAAAUGAGAUGAUUAGUGCCUCUCCGGGAGGUUUUUAACCCUGGAAAUGGAAUGGCUCUAUUUCACAAUAUCAAAGAGUAUGAUAAACCCAACGUUCCAAAGCUGUGAGUCCACAAAUGAGAAAAAAAUGGAAUGACUUAGGUCCCCUCUCAGACAUUUCUCUAUCCAUAAAGAAUCCCAGGCCAGAGACAGCCCUAAGCCCUCUGUGUUGAUUCAGAGAUACUUAACUGAUAAUAAUUUUCAUUUCUUAUUUUCUCUUCGUCCACUUAGUAAUCACAAUCAUUCAUCAUUUAAUAAACACUGGGUGAAUGAAUAAGUAAAUGCUGAGUACCCAUUCAAUCUGCCCAGUACUAUGCUAGCACUUGGGGACUAAACAUGGACCAGACAGCCCGGAUCCCUAUCCUGAGGGGGUUCACAGUUAAUCCCUGAGUAAUAGUUAACAGCCACAUGGAAACAAUUUGAUCUUACAAGAAAAACACAGUCGCUGAAAUUCUCUUGUCUAGAUGUCUGAGAUUUUCUUGAACUGAGAGAGUGUAAGGCGCGGGGUAGGAACAGCAGUCUAUGUAUCCUGAGCCAAUCUUGCAGAUCUGUACAUCUUUCCAUUGUAAACCAAGUAAGGCAAUCCUGCUGAUGACCCAACUGGCUGAGAAAUCCCAGUUAACCCCAGUUUUUAUCUUCAGCUGAUCUUUGUUGGACAGCAGUACUUUUCCACGCCCCCUGCAGCUAUAAUUUCUCAUAUCUCCUGGAGCCUCAGCCCUGACCUGUCAUGGCCCAGCGCACUGGUGGCAUUGUCCUAACCCAUUUUUUUCUGAAGAUUUAUUUAAUGAAAAACUAGCCUAGAAACACCAAGUAAAUAGUCAAGGGAUAUGAGUUGUUUAAACAUUAGAAAGACUUUGCACUCCUUUCUAGCUAUAUUUGGAAUGUUAAUAAUCCCAUAGCAAAUUUUCACAGAGGAUGGUAAGAAAUCUUGACUGUUGGUCAAUUUCAAUUUCAAAGCUUUUUGGUUUGUUUGCUUUUUAAAUUUUCAUGUUAUAGGGGAAAUAUGAUUCUGGUUGUUCAGGGUUGUUUUAGUAAUUAUAGUCAUGUAAAAUUAUUUCAUUUUGUUUGAUUAUUUUAUUUCGUGUGUAUUGUGCACAGCUUAGGGGGGGAGGUGCACUAAUUGUGCUGUUCCUAAUAGAUGGUACACAUUAUUGACACAGACAAAUAAAGUUUCUAAUGGUUUCUGAUUUAAUCACUAGUGAUCCAGCAUAUUCUGUAUGGAAUGUUUUCUCUCUCCUCAUUGUCAUCUGUUUCAUCUUUUGUUUUCAUGUUUUGAAGAAAUAAAGACCCAAAAGGUA